UCCAUGUCUGGUCAACAAGCAGAUGGAGCAUGAAACCAAGUGGGACGCCACAGCCACCGGUGAUGCCCCAAAACCCCGAGUUCUCGUCCGGCUGCGGAGCAAGAGGAUCAACCGCCAGCCCUCGUCCUGUCGCCCCGAUUAUAAAAUCCCACCACGGCACGGCGACACUUAAAACCAAGCACGUGCGCCGGCCUGGAUGCUGCAGCCACUCGUCCAAUCACAAAGAUAUUUUGAGCGUGCAGGAUAGGUUUCUGCCACCCGCCUCUCUCGAUCGGCAGCGGAGAACCGGAGGCAGGCGAUUUGUUCAAGACCCGAAUCUUCACGGUGCCUUCAUCGAGACUGGGAGAUCGCUCGACUUAACGAUGGCGCAACCGAUCCCGUCGGAGGAUGCCCUAGAUGCUUCCCUUGCAUCUCAACGAAGAGUUAUUAUUACUAAUAGUUGUGGAGAGAAGCUUGUCGGGUUGCUACAUGAUACUGGAUCAAAGAAGCUUGUUAUCUUGUGCCAUGGUUUUAGAUCUUCGAAGGAUGAUGAAAUUAUACUUAACCUUACUGCUGCAUUAACAAGUAAAGGUCUCGGAGUGUUUCGCUUCGAUUUUUCUGGAAAUGGCGAAAGUGAGGGUGUCUUCCAGUUUGGCGACUACUGGAAAGAGGCUGAAGAUUUACAUGCUGUUGUCUUGUAUUUCUCUGAGCAAAAGUAUGAAAUAAGUGCUAUUGUUGGACAUAGUAAAGGGGGAGAUGAUGUGCUCUUAUAUGCCUCUAGGUACCGUGAUGUGCAUACGGUUGUUAAUCUUUCUGGUCGCUUUGCCUUAGAUAGAGGCAUUGAAAGAUUCUUAGGAAAAGACUUUAUCCAGAGAAUCAAGAAAGAUGGUUUCAUUGAUGUGGUGGACAAAACAGGAAAAGUUUUAUUUCGGGUAACUGAAGAAAGCCUAAUGGAUAGGCUAAACAUUGAUAUGCAUGCAGCAUGUCUCUCAAUUGACAAGGGAUGCAGGGUCUUCACCGUUCAUGGUUCAGCAGAUGAAAUUAUACCUGUAGAAGAUGCCCUGGAAAUUGCCAAACUAAUACCCAGUCACAAGCUACAUAUUAUUGAAGGUGCCAACCAUUGCUAUACUGAGCAUCAGGAAGAGCUGGCCAAAACUGUAGUAGACUUCCUCACCUCCAUUCAGAUUGUAGACGCAGCUGUGGUGGGAGAGCUGUAGAUGUGUUGUGGAUUUGUGCAGAGAUUUGAGAACACCAUUUCCAUGCAAGAUGGCGUUCUCUCAUGUUGCUGCUGGUGAUUCAUGUAUGGUGUUCAAAGCUAUUUUACUAGAGGCUUGGCGUGUGAUUUAGAAGUAGAAUUGUACGAAAGCUUGCUUGGAUCUGCUAAUUGAUAAAUGUUACGAGUGCUUAGUCUA